CAAUAAUGGAGGAAGAAGUAUACGAUGUAGUUAUUGUUGGCGCUGGAAUCAGUGGUUUAUCAGCUGCAUAUCUUUUACAUCAACGUCAACGAUAUGGCGAGUUGAAAACUGUAGUUCUGGAGGCAAGAGAUAGAGUUGGAGGAAGAACGCACACUCUUGAAAAUAAUGAAGUGAAAUAUGUUGAUCUCGGCGGAUCGUAUGUGGCUCCGACGCAGAACCGUAUUCUACGGAUAGCUGAACACCUCGGUAUCGAAACAUACGAAGUGGACGUACAGGGUAAAGUUACGGAACAUUUCGGUGGUAGAAUGUCUUCUUUCGAAGGAGAUUAUUCGACGUGGAAUAUAUUUGCAAUAUUAGAUUACUAUGCUCAGAUUCGUAAGUUAAAUAGCAUGUGCGAUCAAGUGCCUUUAAUUUCACCCUGGCAAGCAGAGUGGGCGAAAGAAUGGGAUACAAUAACAGCUAAGGAGUACUUCGAAAAAUCUUGCUGGACAGACUAUGCGAAAAAACGGUUGUAUCAUGUUUUUCACUUCGCAAUGGCUGCCGAACCUUAUGAUAUGUCUUUGCUGUAUUAUUUAUGGUACUUGAAAAGUUCGGGCGGCUUUUUCUUGUAUCGCGACGAAAAUGCAGGGAAGGAAAGAAAGUUUAAAGGAGGUUCCCAAACUGUCAGUAAGGAAAUGGCAAAAAUCCUUGGUGAUAAGGUAGUCCUAUCGUCACCUGUGUGCAGUAUCGAGCAAAAGGGUGACCAAACAGUCGUGAGAUGCCUAAAUGGAAAAUAUUAUAAAACAAGAUAUGUCAUUAGUGCUAUACCACACGCGCUGUUAGGGAGUAUUUCAUUUUCACCACCACUAUCAGCUCUGAAGAACCAGUUGAUUCAGAAGAUGCCGAUGGGUUCAGUUAUCAAGACUAUUACAUACUACGAAGAUGCGUGGUGGCGAGACCAGGGUCUCUCUGGUGUCUUGAUUGCAAAUUCUGACUCUGGUCCGGUUUCUGUUACCCAGGACGACACUAAACCUGAUGGAUCCUAUCCUGCAAUAAUGGGUUUUAUUGUAGGCGAACAAGCUCGGUUCUGGUGCAAGAAAAGUGGCGAAGAACGAAAACAAGCUGUGUGUGAACAAUAUGCCAAAGCAUUCAAUACUAACAAAGCCAAAACACCUCGCUACUAUAUUGAUAAAAACUGGCCAGCUGAGAAGUAUUCUGGUGGCUGCUAUGUCAGUGUUCUACCCUGUGGAGUGUUGACAAGUUAUGGUGAGGCAUGGAGAAAUGCUGAAGGCAAUUGCUAUUUUGCAGGCACAGAAACAGCAACAACAUGGGCAGGUUCCAUGGAGGGUGCUGUGGAAGCAGGUGAACGUGCUGCUCGUGAAGUACUUUAUGCAAUGAGGAAAAUAUCAAGAGAUGAAAUCUACCAAGAAGAACCUGCCUCUGAAGAUGUCCCUCCAAUUCUUAGUCUCACCCCUUUGCGGUUACGUUUACCCUCAGUACCGACAUUUAUGACAAUGUUGACUGUUUUGGGGCUAGCGUCUAUGUUUGGGAUUGCGUACUGGAAGCGUUCUUCGAUGUAGUAAAGGAUCUAAAGGAUACUAUGUUUUUGGUGAGGUUAAACGCUCAAAGGAUGGAAUCUUUUAUGGAUGGACCGAUUUUUACGACAAGGUUGGAAAGUGAAAGUGAAAUUGAAGUCGACCGCGGUGGAAAUGUGACGGGAAAAUACCGGAUUCAUCUCAAGCUGAACGAAAAUAAUGCAAGUGUGACUGGCAUUAAGACUUUGUUAAGAGUCAGUUUGGUUACGACGUAAAAUUGUUGGACGCCAAGUAUUUGCCAGUCAUGCCUUGCGAAAGUAUAAAUAGUAAUAAAUAAUUAUACUUAUUUCAUAA